AUGGCAACAUCUCCCUCGCUUCCCAGUGCCAACGAGUCUCUGACACCGGCGGACAUUGAGGCAAUGCCCGAGGCUGAGUUCCUCUCGCAGGCCACGUCUACACCCGAAGAGACGCCAGCUCCGUCCCAACCUGUGGCCGCUCCCGCAUCUCAACAGUCGCGUUUGAACAGGAUCAGUGCUCACCUUCUGAAAAAGGCCGUAAUAAGAGAAAAACAAAAGUUCGAAACGUAUCUUAUUGAAUCAACAGGGACCAUUGGGCACGUUACAUGCAACCCAUCACGAACACCCAGUCCCGAAAAGAUUUCUGAGUCUGAUUGUCAAAACAACACUCAGUGCAACACUCAGGCUAGCCCACAGACAAGUCCACAAACAAGUCCACAGACAAGUCCACAGAGCGGUGCUCAAGACGGUGUCCAAGUUUCUCCCCAAGGUGGUGCCGGUGGCGUUGCUCGUCCUACGCUGCGGCUGGUCGCAAGCGAUACCCAGGAAUCCGGGGACGCUCCUCCCGAGUCAAAUGCGCAGGCUCCUUCCGGUGCUUCCAGUGGCAAUGGCCAAGCCCCUGCAAGCAGUGCGCCGAACGCUGCGAGUGCCGCCGAUGCUGCCAGCAUAAGGGGCGGUGGUCAGACAGAGCCGGUGUCCAACAACAGCACGGGCGAUCCUUGGUCAGGCAGCACACAAGCUGUGCAAGGCCUCGCUACCAGCUCAUCCCAGCCUGCACCCCGACCGAACGCACGCGAUCCUGAGGCAGGAGGUCCCUCCAGCGGCCGCGAGAUGGGCACCCAGACCGAUUCUCCAAAAGAGCAAAACAACAGUGGUGGGCCUGGACGAGAUGAGGCCGGGCAACAGCAGCCGAACAUAGCCGAACAGCUCGACGAUGCUCUGCGACAACAUGUUAAGCGUACCCGCCGGCACAAACUCUCUGCUAUAUUUCUCUGCAACAGAGAGAGGAACACGGUGGGAGAGGAGCGCCGACGGCGAUCCUUAUUCCGGUGCAGUCGGCGCGCUGAACGAGAUGAAGCUAGUGACGCACAGCCCGGCGCACAGCCCGACGCACGGCAGGUCGAGCAGCCGGGUGUCCAGGACGCUCAACGGGCCGGCGUCGGACAGAAUAAUAAACCGGACAAUGGGCCUGUGGCGUAG